UUUGGUUUCUUAGAUAACAACAGUUUAUGAAUUACUGAUAUCUAAACGUUAGUUAGACAUAUAUUGCCAAAAUCACAAAAAAUGGCUACCACCAGCGUUUUGAUAUUAUCUUCAUGCUUCUUGACAAUUUAUGCGAGUUUCUUUGACAUACAAUAUCCUAAUGUGUACAUUACAGCAGAAAAGGGAGGCAAUCUUACAAUACAGGCAGGACCUCAGCAAGGCAACAUCUUUAUGAAGCCAAAUGGAAAUGGCACUGUUUACAUUGGACAUACAGAUAUGCUUAAAUUAUUUGAGAUAGUUAACAGUUUACCACCGACAUGGAAGGUUAACUCAGCACAUGGCAGUCUUGGAGUGUUUGCCGGAGGACAGUCAGUCAACUUAUUGUUAGAAGCAAUUGAUCCCGAAGGUGGCAAAAUGAGAUUUGAGAAAGUAUCUGGAGCUUUCCCUCCAGGUGUACACCUUGACAAGACUACAGGUCGAUUAACUGGAAAUGCACCGGAUGUAGAUGCAACGUACGAGUUUGGCAUUCGUGUUACUGACGCUCAUGGCAAAUAUGCUGAUCAGAUCUUUUCAAUCGACACAAGGGAGAAGAACCAGUGCAAUAGUAAUCCCUGUCAGUACAAUGGAAAAUGUGAAGAUGCUAUAGAUGAUUAUAAGUGUAACUGUACAAAUCCUUAUGGUGGAUCAUCAUGUCAGUUUGAUUGUAGAAGUAAAGCUGUCGGUGUAGAUAACGGCGUUAAGACCAUACCAGAUGCUCAGCUGUCUUCCCAUUACGCUUCAGGAGAUCACCCUGCUUCUGAUGGAAGACUAAACAACCCACGUGGCUGGUCUGGUACCAAUACAGGCUCUUGGUUACAGGUUGACAUAGGUCAUCCUACAUCUGUUUAUGGAGUAGCAACCCAAGGUCAGUCAUCGUCAAGCUACAUCAAGACCUUCAGGGUACAGUACAGUGUUGAUGGAAAUACCUUUACCAAUGUUGUCAAUGGAACAUCUGCAAUGGAAUUUACUGGCAGUAGCAGUGUGAACAGUGUAAUAAAACAUGCAUUUCUUCAGCCGGUUACGGCCAGAUAUAUCCGGUUCAUACCAAGAACAUAUCAAACCAAACCAGGAAUGCGAGUGGAAGUGUAUGGAUGUGAAAUUGUCAAUUAACAGUUUAUGUUGAAUUUGUUUAAUAAAUGAAUCAUUAA